GUUGACCAAAAGGUGACGAGUUGACCAGGGGACGAGUUGAGCAGGGGACGAGUUGACUCUGAAUCGUUUCUAGAAGGAAUAAGACUUCUAAUCUCCAAGAAGUGGAAGAAUAUCUCACACCUGUUGAGAAAAUGUUAUGUGCAACAUUUUCCCAAAUUGAAAUAAGAGGGAAGAAAGGACGUACUGUACCAGUCUUACUCACAUCUGAAAUAGAAAGCAAUAUUGACCUAUUGUUACAGCACAGGGAAAUGGCUGGAAUACAUCCAGAGAACCUGUAUUUACUUCCUAGGUCCAAUUUCAAUUCAAAGGAGCCAAUUAGAAGUACUGAUGUUCUACGGAAAUAUGGUAAAGAAGCAAAUUUAUGUAAAGCAGAAAAUAUUACAAGCACGAAACUACGGAAGCAUAUAGCUACCAUUUCACAGGUCUUGAACUUGAGUAGACAUGAUUUAGAAACUAUGGCUGAGUUUAUGGGCCAUGACAUUGAUAUUCAUCGCUCAAUCUACAGACUUCCACAGGAGACAAUACAAGUUGUUAAAAUGGGAAGGCUACUGAGUGCUUUUGAUAAUGGAACCAUUGUUCAGUAUAGAGGUUUAGAUGAGAUAACAAACUAUUUAAGAUUUAAAGGUGGACUACUUACACUUGUUUUGUAGUUUAUAAUCAUGGCCAUUGUCAGUUUUUAAUCAUCAUUAGGAUUGAAUAUCAAGAGCAAUUAUAAAAUUGUGGAUUAAAUGGAGAGAUAGCCUAGUGGUUAGGUGUCAGCCUCUCAACCCAGGGAUUGCGAGUUUUAGUCCUACAUGGGUCACAACCAUGUUUCGUCAUAUGACACAAGUACUAGUUAGUUCUAGUGUGGUUCAAAUAAGUUGUAAGCUUUGAUCAGUUGAGAUUACAAGAGAAGUUCAUUUAAAUUUGUCGUUACAAUUCUCUAAACUGCGUUAUCGGGCACAGUCAUAUACUAUUUACUUUAACCCUUCCAAGUAUUCGUCCUUAACAGAAAUACAUUUUCUAGCCUAGAAAUCCACUCUGUGAAGGCAGAAAGGUACGCGUCUUUAGGUACACCCUGUAGGCACUGUAAAAUUGCACUAUCUAACGCACUUUGAGACUCAUGUUGACGUCCAGAUAGUUUUCUUCAAUAAGGGAAACAAGAGAAAAUCACAGGGACUAAGGUCUGGGGAAUAAGACGGGUGGGGACGUUGUACUACUUUUUUCUUUCCUAGGAACUUCUAAACAAGCACCCACUUUUGAGCAGCAGCAUUGUUAUGAUUUAGGCAAAGGCCUCCAAGUCUUGUGGAAGGUUUAAGGGCACAUUAGCUCUCAGAAACAUAUUAUUUUUAAGUAUAUUGAUAAAAUAAUACUACUGAAAUUAAUUUUAAUUUUAAAGUCACUAUUUAUUUAAAAAUGUUGACAGUUACUGUUGCCUGCUGAAACAGUGAACAAUACCUCUAGAUGACUUUGUAUCCUGAAACAGUGGAAUGAAGAUUUGUCUCUGGCUUAAACUAGACCUAUCACUGAAGGUGAUUAAUACCCCCACCAGCAACUUUGACUUUUUGAAAAAAACGUAGUCAGAAGAAAAAUUUGAACACAAACU